UUAUCAGGGUGCACAGAGAAAUGCUGCCAAGUUUCAUUGAUUAAUUAUAAUCGUAUUUUUUCAGCCAUUAUCCUGCUCAUCUUUCAAAAGAUUUGACAGAAUGAAGCUAAAAAGAACAACAAGUGGCUGUGAUCUUAUUGCUGUUUUAUUUAUUCCGACCGUUAUUGCAGCGGAAGUUAUUUCUUAUGAAUUUGGGGACACUUGUUCUGUUUUCCUAAAGGAAUUGGACGAAAAUCGUCGAAUUUAUGUUGAAUAUUAUGGCAAGAGAGUGGGUUCCUUUUGCGAUGACUACUCAUUUGAAGGAGUAGGAAACGAAAAUAUGGAUGAGUAUAAAAUUUGUGUUACACCUCAAUUUUUCAACGAUCCGGAUUGUGCCGUAGAAUUAAAGUAUACUUCGACCAUUUUUGGCUCGACAAUACAGACUGUAACCUGUUCAGAAAACUACAACACCAAAUUUUGUGGCUCAAGCGAUGACAAUCUUUAUAUCCAUUUCAAGACACGAGAUGGCAAAGAUACAUCAAAUGCUAGUUUUAAGCUACAUAUCACCGCUGAAAAAUCUUUUGAUUAUGGGAAUUUUGUUGGAGCCAUCGUGGGAGGAGUGAUCGGUGGCAUAGUUUUAAUAACAAUAGUAACAGGAAUAGUUAUUUAUUGUGUGUGUAGACGAAAACCUACCCAAGGGCAAGUACUAGGAACGGCUCAGAAUACCUCAGGUCAAACAACAAAUCAACCAGGCAUUCCUUAUGCUACGUAUUCGCCACAACAAUCGAACACGACGACAUUAUACCCGACCGGAAAUUACCCAACACAGUAUCCGGCAGGAUACAGCACACAACAGCCAUUCCUACCGCCACAAACAAAUGGUACCCAACAGUAAAACGCCGAUAGCUUCUUUUUUUUU